AGAGCCCCGUAAAUCGCCACUCCCCACUUCUGCUUCUAGACCCGAGAAGAAGUGUUGAAGAAAGAAGACUCCAGACGACUGCAGUCUCACCGCAAACGUCCUGACAAGAAACUCAAGUCCAUCAGACCGCUGAAAGAUGAAGAUAUCCAUGUGUCUGGUUCUGCUCGGCUGCCUCGCGCUCGCCGCGGCCUUCCCUGCCCCGCGUGAGGAGGGUCUGCAAGGCCUGCUGACUGAGAUAGAAGACUUGGUGGCCGGGAUAGAAGAACAACUGGAGAUGGAGAAGCGAGACCAGCCUGAUGAAGAUGAGGACCUGGAGGCUGAGGCAGAAGACUUGCGGGAGCUGGAGCUGAAAAAGCGCAGCGUUCAGGAAUAUGUCAACUGCUUAAAUUACUGCAAGGACACACGCUGCGCAAAGGGCUGCGAGGUCCUUCUUAGGUAAAGCUUUGUGCAUGAUUACUCUCCUGCAUAAUUGCAGUAGGCCCUUCAGGUGUAUGUCUCCCUGGGGAUAAAACACUACGAGAAAAACAAGAAAAUGACACUCAAUAUCACUUCUGUAUUCCUCAACAAUGAGCGGAAUCUUAAUUACAUACUCCAAAGGGGUUUGCUACCAAUCAUAAUUGUCAGUUACGACAAUACACCUUUCUCACGCGGCGGCCAUGAUAGAUCUAAAACGAGUUCAAUGUGGCAAACAAAAGGC